AUGGCGACCGUGCCGCGCUGGCUUCGGAUCCCCGAUACGCAUGCGCCAGCGACGCCUUGGGCCGACUGCAUACCACAUUGUCGGGUCUGCUACCAACCAAUAAUUGACUACAUAGAUGCUCAACUUGAGGCAUAUCUUCAAGAAGAACUGAAGAUUAAACGUUCAUUUUUUGAGUACCAUGAUUCUCGAGUCCAUGUGUGCCUUUACUUCAUUUCACCUACAGGACAUUCUCUGAAGUCCCUUGAUCUAUUAACAAUGAAGAACAUUGAUAGUAGGGUGAACAUUAUACCACUGAUUGCCAAAGCAGAUACAAUUUCUAAAACUGAUUUACAGAAGUUUAAGAGUAAGAUAAUGAAUGAAUUGAUUAGCAAUGGCAUCCAGAUAUAUAAAUUUCCAACAGAUGAUGAAACUACUGCUCAAAGGAACUCAUCAAUGAAUGGACUGUUACCCUUUGCUGUAGUCGGGAGUAUGGAUGAGGUGAAAGUUGGAAAAAGAAUGGUGAGAGGCCGUCACUACCCUUGGGGAGUUUUGCAAGGUAAAUAUAAUGAAAGAGGGCAGGCUUUGGAAUAA